AUGCUGCGCAGCCCUCCGCGCCCGCGGCCCUCUCCGCCGCCCCAUAGGACCCCGUUCCACAUCGAAGCGCUGCUCGCCCGGGACCCUCCUCGCCGCGGCCCCUCCGCCUUCCCCUCCGCUCCCCCGGCCCCGCUGGCCCCACACUGGCCCCCGGUGGGGCCCGGACUGGGGCUGGCACCGGGACCCGGUGGUUGGGGCUGGGGCUGGGGCUGCGCGACCAUGCGGGGCGGUGCAGGUCUGGAGCUGUCUCACUGUGUAGGAGCCAACUCACUGGGUCCCACUGUGUCCUGGAGGUCUGGGGGGCCCUGCAAGAUGAAGAGGGUCCGCACUGUCUUCAAGCCCGAGCAGCUGGAGCGGCUGGAGCAGGAGUUCCUCAAGCAGCAGUACAUGGUGGGCACGGAGCGAGUGGACCUGGCUGCAACUCUGCACCUCACAGAGACCCAGGUGAAAGUGUGGUUCCAGAACCGCAGGAUCAAGUGGAGGAAGCAGAGCAUGGAGCAGAAGGCAGCGAAGCUGUCCCAGUUUGGGGUGAUCCAACCUGCCAGUGCAGACUCCACCAACAGCAAGGAGCGGGAGGAGGACACCGUGGAUGUUGAGCUGUGAGCAAUGCAACCAGUGGGUUCUGAGCCGUGUCUGCCUGAAGGAGAUACCAGGGA